UUUUUUUUUCCACCCGCACUCUCUAAUGGCGACGCAAGCCAAUAUUGACCUCUACGAGGUCCUGGGCAUCUCCAACAGCGCUAGCAAAGAUGAGAUCCGGAAGGCUUAUCGCAAGGCCGCCCUAGCAAACCACCCCGAUAAGGUCCCCGAAGGCGAGAGAGAAGAGGCCGAGGUCAGAUUCAAAGCCGUGCAAGAAGCCUACGAUAUCCUUUAUGAUGAAGAGAAGCGCGAGAUCUACGAUACCCACGGAAUGGCCGCUUUCAAUGGCUCCGGUGAGCCUGGUAUGGGUGCCGGCCCCGACUUGGACGAUAUCCUUGCGCAGAUGUUUGGUGGGAUGGGUGGGAUGGGCGGUAUGGGCGGCAUGGGCGGCAUGGGAGGGAUGCCCGGCGGCCCGCAUGCGCGUAAGCCGCGCAAGAGCCCGAAUGAGGAGCAGAAAUACGAGGUUCGCCUGGAAGAUCUCUACAAGGGCAAGACGGUCAAGUUUGCGAGCACGAAGAACGUGAUUUGCUCUCUGUGUCAGGGCAAAGGAGGCAAGGAGAGGGCGACAGCGAGAAAAUGCGCUACUUGCGAUGGCGAAGGUUACAAGCAGAUUUUGAGGCCCAUGGGACAGUUCUUGUCUCCGACUAUGGUUCCCUGCUCCACGUGUAAGGGAGCUGGCGACUACUUCGUCGACAAGGAUAAGUGCAAGAAGUGCAAGGGAAAGAAGACCACCGAGGCCAAGAAAAUGUUGGAAAUCUACAUCCCCCGUGGGGCGAGGGAAGGAGACAAGAUCAUCCUCGAGGGCGAAGCCGAUCAAGUACCAGGUCAGGAACCCGGAGACAUCGUUUUCCAUCUGGUGGAAGAGGAGCACGCGAUCUUCAGGAGGGCUGGUGCCGAUCUGACGGCUACGAUUGAUGUUACGCUGGCCGAGGCUCUGACUGGGUUCUCGCGGGUGGUUGUCAAGCACCUCGACGGUCGGGGUAUCGAAAUCCAGCACCCCAAGACCCCCGGCGAGGUUCUGUCUCCGGGCCAGGUCCUAAAGGUUCCUGGGGAAGGAAUGCCCAUCAAGCGCGGCGAUGCCCGUGGUGACCUGUAUCUGGUCGUCAACAUCAAGUUCCCUGACGGAAAAUGGAAGCCCAGUGCCGCCGUUCUGGAGCAACUUAAGGAGACUCUGCCGAAGCCUGAUGCCCCCAUCCAGGCCGACACGGUCGAUGAGGUGGACUUCGACCCCAAGGGCAACCUGGACGAUUUUGGAGCCCAUGACCCUGAAGGGGGAUCUGCAUGGGAGGAUGAUGACGAUGAAGGCGAGACGACUGCGCAGUGUGCGACUCAAUAGUCUCUCACUUUCUUACCCUUUCUCUGUAUCUGUUACCUCUUCUCUUUUCGAGGACUUUAUACCUUUUUGCUAGUUCCCCUCAUGAUGAUAGAUUUGUUGGCUGCUUCUGGAUCAGCUCCUCUCUCGCAUCGUGGGCGUUUCGGGUCGACUGUUAUGAAUUGAUCGAUGAGAAUAUAGUUUUUAUGGGAAUGAUGAUUGUCGAGUUCGAC